GAUGGCCACUCACACAAGUAGCUCCUUGGUGACAUACACAACUCCACACGAGCCACACCCGUGGUGGCGAUAGACAAGGAGGGGCGCCUGUGCUGUGUCUGGCGAGUUAGUGUGCGGGACGCAGUCACGACAGAGCCUUUCAAGACCCACGCAGAGCCACAACAGAGCCUUUCACAGCCUCCAGCCAACAUCAGGGAGUUUUAGGCAGACAAAACGAGUUGUGACAUUCAAUAUGGGCAUGAACUCAGCGCGUCCCCUCGGCCUUCUACUACUGCUGCUGCUCUUCAUGCUGCCAUGCCUUCCUGCAACUCAGAUCACUGACCGCCUCACGGAAUGCACGCCGCCCUUCACCGCUGUGGGCGGGAAGUGCCUUCACGUCAGCUCCACAAGCACGGGUUCAUGGUAUCUUAUGAAAGACUUUUGUGAGACUCUUGGCGGCCAGCUGUUGAUCAUCAACACAGAGAACAUUCAUUAUUACGUCGUCAAGUACUUGGAGAACAACGGAUAUACUGGCCGCGACUACUGGAUCGGCGCAAACAACGAGCACGCUGACGGGCAGUACCAUUGGGUGGACGGGAGCAAGGUGAAGAUGGGCACGCCUUUCUGGGGCGCGAGGGAUGGCCACCAGGAACCCGGCGUGGCUACCGAGCACUGCGGCAUGUUAUUUAGGAACAAUUUCUAUUUCAUGCAUGAUUAUAGAUGUAACGAAGCCCUGUAUCCUAUCUGCGAGGCUAGAUAAGCCCAAUGAGGACACUGUAUCCAGCAAUGGCUGCAGGAGUGUGAUGGGGAGGUAAAAGGAACUUGAGUUGGUGGGUGUUGAUAUUUAACCAUCUCUAACUCUUAUAACAAUGUCUGGCCAAUUAAAUACCAUGUACCCUGUCUGAAA